GCACCCAAUUCGCGUUCCAUACAAAAACUGCCAACGUACACCGGCAAAAUGGCUGACCAGCAAAGAAUUAAAGUUUUGCGUGAUAAAAUAAGCACUUGGGACCAAAGGACAUCUCCAAUGGCACCACUGACGGAAAGACAAAAAGACAGUUAUAUGGAUUUGACGACACAUGCAUCAAAUAAACCAUUGCCUAUUGAGCUACCUUUGGAGGAAGCAGGCAGUUUUUCUCAGCAGCUGUCGCUAGUCUCUACUCCAAACCUCUCCCACAGUGGAGACUCUUUAGCUGAGGGCUUCGCUUCACUCGGGAUGAAGGAUGAAAAAAUUGAAAAUGCCCAACAGUUCUUUGAUUGGUUCAAUAAAGUUGAGAGUCAGAUGGAGCAGGAGGAAGAACUGUGUUACAGGUCGUACUGUGAUCAGCUGAGUCAGUACAAAGAACAGUGUGAUCUUGUGAUGGAAGAGGUUUCUACGGCCUUAGACCAGCUCAGAGAUCUCAAGCAGCAAUACGUUCUGGUCGCUACGAAAACCAACGCUCUUCAUGAAGCGUGUGAACAAUCAAUGGCAGACCAGACAAUGUUAGUGAAUAAGGCUGAAGCCAUCAGCUGUAAGCUUGCGUACUUCAAUGAACUGGAAAGGAUCAAUCAGAAACUGAGCUCGCCAACGUUUGCUGUCACCAACGAAUCAUUUGUGCCACUCCUAUCCAAGUUGGAUGAAUGUAUUGCUUACAUCAUUGGAAAUCCCCAGUACAAAGAGUCCGAGCUGUUCCAGGCCAGGUUUAAGCAGUGUUUGAGUAAAGCAUUGACACUCAUUAAAGCUGCAGUCUUCACCAUUCUCAAUGGAGCUACACAACAAGUUGUUCCCAAGGAUGUGACAAGUACAUCUGAGAAUGCGUUCACACUUUUCUAUGGAAAGUUCAGAAGUAAUGCUCCAAAGAUCAAAGCGUUGAUGGAGCAGGUUGAACAGAGACUAGACAAGACGCCAGAGUACACGACCCUUCUUGAUGACUGCUUACAGUGUUACUUCAGUAAGAGACAGCAGCUUCUCAUGCCCAGCAUACAGAUGGCUGUGUCGGAGCUUGCUACCAAACAUGCAAGGGACCACUGCUCUCUGGUGCGGAGUGGAUGUGCCUUCAUGGUACAUGUCUGCGAGGAUGAGUAUCAACUAUUCUUCCAUUUCUUCUCAAAGUCAACAGAAAAACUGGAUGCAAUGUUGGAACAGCUCUGUAUCAGUCUGUAUGACGUUCUUCGUCCUCUGAUCAUCCACAUCAAUCACCUUGAAACCCUGGCUGAGCUCUGCAGUAUCCUCAAAACAGAAAUGCUACUGGAUCAUGUCCAAGCCAAUCCGAGUGAGCUCGGUGCCUUUGCAGUGGUUGCCAACCAGAUGCUGGAGGACGUCCAGGAACGGUUGGUCUACAGAUCAAGCGUCUACAUCAAGUCGGAUAUACUCAACUACAACCCGGCUUCCGGAGACUUGGCCUACCCUGAGAAACUGGAAAUGAUGGAGAGCAUUGCAGAGAGUCUGCGAGAGCAAAGGCUCAACCAUUCACGGCGGAACUCUGGGGAUUCGAUCGGAUCGGCGACAAGUAAUGAGGUCGCGACACUCAACCAAUCAGGAUCGGCCUUUAUGAGCGGUCAGACCACACCCCCUGAGGGUAUGGGACCUGCCGUCAUGGCACCCAUUGGUUCAGGUGCCGGUACAGCUACCAUCCACGUCAAUGCUUCCCUGUCUCCCGCUGAUCUACAUGGGAUGUGGUAUCCUACGGUCAGACGUUCGUUAGUCUGUCUCUCCAAACUCUACAGGUGUAUAGAUAAAUCCAUCUUCCAAGGUUUAUCACAAGAGAUUCUCCAGUCCUGUAUUCAUUCCCUUAACGUGGCAUGUCAAGGCAUCACCAAGAGAAAGACCCAGCUAGAUGGGCAGCUCUUCCUAAUCAAGCAUCUCCUGAUUCUCAGAGAACAGAUCGCACCAUUCCAGGUGGAAUUCUCCAUCAAAGAGACCGGUCUGGAUUUCAGUACAAUGAAAGUUGCUGCGUUCGGCCUGUUUAAGAAGCCAAGAGGUCUGUUUGUACUUAGUAGCAACAAUUCAUUCCUGGAAUUCCUUUUUGAGGGUGCGCCUCAAGUUACGGAACACUAUGUAGAUUCCAAGAAAGACGUAGACAACCAACUGAAAUGUACGUGCGAGGUUUACAUCAAACAUGUAGUAGACCUUCUAGCCUCUGAGCUUGUGGCGUUCAAGAAAAAGGCUCAAGUAAUCAUUGAUCUGAAUGAAGAGGAGAGUGGGACUAAGGUGUCAUUACGUACUCAACCAUUUGCUAGUCCAGAACGUGUACAUGAGGUUGUAGGGGCGUCAUACAAGCAGAUUAAAACACAGCUACCAAAGGUCUUUCAUAGUAUGUCUCUGUAUUUAGCUAAUAAAGAUACAGAGUAUAUUCUAUUCAGACCUAUCAAAGCUGGUGUCCAGCUUGCCUACCAACAGGUUGAGGAGCUGGUGCAAAGUAACUACUCAGAAGAAGACCAACAGAUCAUAGCAUGCCCAUCUAAAGAACAGGUUAAUCUGCUUCUGGCUGCAUCUCCUUGAAGCAUGAAAGGGAUAGUCUGCAGACACAGACCAUAGCUGAUGGAAAUCUUUGAUCUACAAGUGGGUCUUCACACAAAGACUAGCACACAGGGCCUUCUAGUACGCAAGUCAUUGUAGUAGGUUGUGCUUUCAGACCCUGUGACUAGAGAAAAGGGUUUGCAAAGCAGACUGAGAAAAGGAUUGGGGGCCAUUACAAUGACUUUCACCUGUAUUGAUCGUUGCUUCUCCUCAGUCCUUACUUCACCAGGGGAAGCAUUUCAAGAAGGGCUUUUCAGUUGCUUUCUUUAUCAGGGCAUGGUUUCAUCAAUAUUUUUGUCUGAUCUGAGAACAUUCCUUGAUUUUGAUUGGCCAAGAGGGUCUGUUACCAUGGUAUCAGUCGGAUAAACCAGGACUUGACGGAUAAAACGUUGUUGGAUAAAACAUCUGACCGGUCCAUUCAUGAACUGCUGCAGAGUCGAUCAAAAAUCAAACAGAGUUGUUAGAUAUGACACAUCAACGAAAUUCUCUUCUGUUGUCUACAUUACCCAAGACAAUCAAAACAUCUAUGUGUAGUUAUGAAAAAAGUUGUCUGCAUUUAUAUUCCUUGUUUUAUUCACAAUAUUCUUUUGUCAAUAGAGUCAUUCCAUAAACCUGUUCGUGAAUUACGAACUCAAUGACAGGGGGUCCUCUCUUGUGCUAAAAUGGGAUACUCUAAAUAUGGGAGUUUAUUUUCCACGACCCUUAUCCAACCCUUAAAAAAAGUGGAAUUUGCCAAUUAGAUGCUUGUUAGAAAUAAGUUAUUAAAGGACAAGUCCACCCCCAAAAAAACUUGAUUUGAAUAAAGAGAGAAAA